CUUUUUCUCUCUUCUCCGCUUCAUCUGCUCUCAAUUCCUGAUUCUGUUUUAGGGUUUUGAAAUCCCAAUUCACAGCAACGCCUUUAAUCCCACCAAAAUUACAUCCAAAGCCCUGAACUUGUUUUUCCCACUGCAUCUUCCGCCAUCGUUUUCACUCUGCCUCUGCUUCGGUUUCUGCUGUUUUCGUUCUGUUUAGGGUUUUCCCUCAGUGUUCGAUGAGGGUUUUGAAAGCUAGGGUUUCGAACAAUUGGUGUGCGAACAGGGAAAUUUGUUUGGGUUCGAGACAAUGAGCGCUGUCAAUAUUACAAACGUUACUGUAUUAGAUAAUCCAGCAUCGUUCCUGGCUCCAUUUCAGUUCGAGAUUUCAUACGAGUGUUUGACUCCUCUGAAAGAUGAUUUAGAGUGGAAACUCAUUUAUGUUGGAUCUGCUGAGGAUGAGACUUAUGAUCAGCUAUUGGAGAGUGUACUUGUUGGCCCUGUCAAUGUUGGAAACUAUCGUUUUGUGUUUCAGGCAGACCCACCAGAUCCAUUAAAGAUUCGUGAAGAAGAUAUAAUUGGUGUUACAGUGCUUCUCUUGACUUGUUCAUAUCUGGGUCAAGAAUUUGUCCGAGUGGGCUACUAUGUUAACAAUGAUUAUGAUGAUGAGCAGCUGAGAGAAGAACCUCCACCAAAGGUCUUGAUUGAAAAGGUCCAAAGAAAUAUUCUUUCUGAUAAACCUAGGGUCACAAAGUUCCCCAUAAACUUUCAUCCUGAAAAUGGGGGAAAUGAGGAACCUCCUCCAGCUGAUCACCCAACUGAAAUUGAUGAAAAUGAAGAAGUUCCUGCUUCACCAGAUCAUUUAUCAGAUGAGCAGCAGCCACCAAUUACUAGCUCAGAAAAUGGAAAAGAUGCCGGUUUUUAAGGUAGAUAACCUGGUAAUCAUUUAGGGAGAUGUAUUUGCCAGGAACUAAGUUGAAUCCUUGAAUGAUGUUCUGGCAACAAUCUGAUGAAGAUGAAGAUGUUCAAUGAAAGAGAUUUUCAGUUCAGUUAUACUGGGUUUUUCUAUUUUGCUGACUUUGUUUGUUAAACCACUACUUGAUUGAGACAACUGCCUUCUGGCACUUCAAAUGGAUUUUCUUAGUCUGUAAUACCAGCAAUAGCAAAGACGAAUUCUAGUUUUAUCUUCUUAACCAUGUCACUCCUAGCCCUGCAUUUUGUUUCAUGUAAUGCUAUGUCAAUUGUCAACUGCAUGUUUCUUUAGUGUAACUCUUACAAGGAUUUAUAAAUUUUAGGAUGUGUU